ACUGUCCUCUCUCUCUCUCUCCCUAUAAAUAUUUUACUAUCUUAGAUUGUUGCAUUAUUAUUAGACAAUGAUUAGCUAAAUCACAACCUUUAAUUACUGUUUCUUUUUCUUGGGUUUUGUCUGCUUUUUUCAAAAGCUUGCUCAUUUUUAUAAAGUGAAAACAAACAGUGAAAUUGAUUCUCUGUUGUUUCUUUUUAUGGACUUUAAAGAUUGAGCAAAAAUUAGUGGAAGUUGACAACCAAAACAUUACCAGGUUUUUAGCCACUUUUUAAUAAUUUCAAGAUUCAAUUAUGAAGAGGUUCAGUUCCCAAGAUUCAUUUCCUGCUUUAAUCUCAAUCUCCUCUUCAAAAGAGGAAGAAACUAAUCAAAAACCAAGGCAAGGUUACAGUAGAGAGUUUCAAGAAAUGUUGGAUAGUCUUGAAGAAGAUGAUUACACUGAAGAAACUACUCAUACUGCUGAAAAGAAGAGAAGAUUAAGCUUAGUUCAAGUUAAGUCCUUGGAGAAGAAUUUUGAAGUGGAGAACAAGCUUGAGCCUGAGAGGAAGAUCAGAUUAGCGGAGGAAUUAGGAUUGCAGCCGAGACAAGUGGCGAUUUGGUUCCAAAACCGCCGUGCACGGUGGAAAACUAAGCAACUAGAGAGGGAAUAUGGUACCCUUAAGGCUAGUUAUGACGCACUAAAGCUUGAUUACAGUAAUCUUCAAAAAGACAAUGAGUCUUUGACUCUUCAGGUAAAGGAAAUGAAAGGUAAGAUAAGGGAAGAGAAUGCAGAGAGCAGCAGUGAGUCAGUGAAAGAAGAGUGUCGAGUUUCAGAAUCAGAGAACAAUGAUGUUUCAGUGCAGAGUCAGAGUCAUGAAGUGAGUGAUAAUAAUAAUAAUAAUAAUUCUUCGCAUGGAUUCAUGAACUGGAUUCACUUGUCUGACUCAAGAACUGUUGCUGGUAAUGGGUUUCCACAACCUCAUCUUGUCAAAUUAGAAGAGCACCAUGAUUUCUUUAGCACAGAAGAUUCCUGCAAUUUCUUCUCUGUUGAUCAACCUCCUACUUUGCACUGGCAUUUCACUGACCACUAAAAUUAUUUCAAAUUGGUUUCUUGAGAGGCUCUAUUUCUGUUUGCAAUGGCGGGAACAGUGAGGUUUUUCUGUUUACCUUUGUGUAAAAAAUCAUCAUAAAUGGUCAGUGACCAAUCUUGUUCAACCCACUUAAGUUAUUGUCUUUCAUAGCCCAAUUUUAUAUUCAAGUAAUGUGUCAACUUUCUAUUACAUUAUUAAAAUAAAUACUACUACUAUGAGUUAAAGUA